CGCUCGCCCGCCUCCCGGCUGCGGGCCCGGCCUGGCGCCGCCGCGGGGGCUGCGGCCUCCUCCGCUUCCCGGCGGUUCCGUGCGGUUCCCUCCGGUUCCCCCCGGCCGCCCGCCCCCAUUGUGUGCGGCGGGCUGCGCUCGCUGGGCCGCGGGGUUCCGGCCCUGCCCGUGCUCCCGGCGGUAACAAUGGGCCCCGCGCUGUCCCGCUCCCGCCGCGCUCCCGGGGCCGCUUUCUCGGCGGCGCCCCGGGGGCCGUUACCGGGCGGGAUUCCCGGGCGAUGCCGGUUCCGCGGUCCCGUGUGCUGCGCUUCCCUGGGGGCAGCGCUGCCGAAUCGGGGGGAAUCCCCCGCAUCUGCCACCCGCACGCCCCUCGGUUCGCAGCCUUGAUCCACCGCCCCCCGCAUCGGGCUCCUCUGGGGGCUCCUGCCCCGCGUUGCAGCAAAACGCUUUGCCCUCCCCGGUCCUUUUCGGAGCCUUUCGCUAAUGCAGCUUUAUCGAAGGGGGAUGGAAAUACCGAUUUUCUGUAUUAACAGAUAAGGGAAACUGAGGCUGGGAUGUGCCGGGACUCGCCCGGCAGGUCUGACACAGCAGAUGUGCCCCGCAGAUCCUCGUCCGAAUGUAACUGCCCUGAAAUCUCUAAUAAAAUGCACAGUUUCUUACAGUUCUGUAUCAGCUCUUUUUCCGGAGACUCCGCACUUGCGCGUAGCCGGGACUCUGCACGCGGGAGGCGAGUAGCGCCGUGGCCUGGAGAGGAGCAGAGGGGUAACGGCGAGCGCGUCGCGUUUGCGUGCAGCUCCUUUGACGAAAAGAGUUCUACCUUGUAAAUACUGUUAUUUGUAUAUACUGUAAAUGAUGACAUCGGUGGGCACGACCCGCGCCCGGGGGAGCUGGGAGCAGACGCAGACACAGAGCCAGACGCAGCACAAGCAGCGGCCGCAGGCCACCGCGGAACAGAUUCGACUUGCACAGAUGAUUUCGGACCACAACGACGCCGACUUUGAGGAGAAGGUGAAACAGCUGAUCGACAUCACGGGCAAGAACCAGGACGAGUGCGUGAUCGCUCUGCACGACUGCAACGGCGACGUGAACAGAGCCAUCAACGUGCUGCUGGAGGGCAACCCCGACACGCAUUCCUGGGAGAUGGUCGGGAAGAAGAAAAGCGUCUCUGGGCAGAAGGAGAGCGGGCAAACGGAGCCCAGCGAAGAGAGCAAAGAGAACCGGGAGCGGGAGCGGGAUUUCAGCCGGCGGCGCGGCGGGCCACCCAGGCGGGGACGCGGCACCAGCCGCGGCAGAGAGUUUCGGGGCCAGGAGAACGGACUGGAUGGCGGUAAGAGCGGAGGCUCGUCUGGACGAGGCACAGAAAGAGGGAGACGGGGCCGCGGCCGAGGCCGAGGUGGUUCUGGAAGGCGAGGGGGAAGGUUUUCUGCCCAAGGCAUGGGAACUUUCAACCCUGCCGACUACGCCGAGCCGGCCGGCGCGGACGAGAGCUACGGGAACAGCACCAACAACACGUGGAACAACAGCGGCAGCUUCGAGCCCGACGACGGCACCAGACUUGAUUUCAUUGGGGGUGAGGGGGCAAAUUAUCCCCGAAAAUUUGACACUGCUCCUGGUAUGAUACAUCCAGGUGCGUGGAGGGCGGCGACGGAAGAAUGGGGCACGGAGGACUGGAAUGAAGACCUGUCGGAGACGAAGAUCUUCACGGCCUCCAACGUGUCUUCGGUGCCUCUGCCCGCCGAGAACGUGACAAUCACAGCCGGACAGAGAAUCGACCUGGCGGUCUUGCUGGGGAAGACGCCGUCGUCUACGGAGAGCGAGUCGCUGAACCUGGAGUCGGCCCAGGCGCCUUCCCUGGCCCAGCCGCUGGUGUUCAGCAACUCCAAGCAGAGCGCCAUCGCCCAGCCCGGCUCCGGCAACUCCUUCGCUCACCACAGCAUGGUGAGCAUGCUGGGGAAAGGCUUUGGCGACGUCGGCGAGGCCAAGGGCAGCAGCACCACCGGUUCGCAGUUCCUGGAGCAGUUCAAGACGGCGCAGGCGCUGGCGCAGCUGGCGGCUCAGCACGGCCAGCCGGCCGGCAGCGGCUCCACCGCGGCCUGGGACAUGGCGGCCACCACGCAGACCUCGUCCCUCGUGCAGUACGAUCUCAAGAACCCGACGGACUCCUCGGUGCACAGUCCCUUCGCCAAGCGUCAGGCCUUCACGUCAACCUCCACCAUGAUCGAAGUGUUCAUGCAGGAGAAGCCGCCCGUGGUGACGGCACCGGCGGCCGCGCCGGCGCCCUCGUCCUCGCCGCUGCCCAGCAAAGCCAAUCCCGGUCCCCAGAUGUCCCCAGGCUCCUCGGACAACCAGUCCUCCAGUCCCCAGCCGGCCCAGCAGAAGCUGAAGCAGCAAAAGAAGAAAGCGUCGUUAACAUCGAAGAUUCCUGCCCUGGCGGUGGAAAUGCCUGGCUCGGCGGAUAUCUCAGGGCUCAACCUGCAGUUCGGAGCGUUGCAGUUUGGUUCGGAGCCCGUUCUGGCCGAGUACGAGUCGACGCCCGCCACGAGCGCGGCCGCCAGCCAGUCUCAAAGCAGCCUGUACACCAGCACGGCCAGCGAAUCUUCCUCCACGAUUUCGUCCAAUCAGAGCCAGGAGUCUGGUUACCAGAGCGGCACAAUACAGACAGCAACGUUUACCUCCCAGAACAGCGCUCAGGGACCACUGUACGAACAGAGAGCCACCCAGACGCGGCGAUACCCAAAUUCCAUCUCCUCCUCGCCCCAGAAGGAUCUGACCCAGGCCAAGAAUGGUUUCAGUUCCGUACAACCCACGCCGUUACAAACCACGCAGGCCGUUGAAGGUGCUACGGGCCCCGCCGUCAAAUCCGACUCCCCCUCCGCCCCCAGCAUCGCCCCUCUGAGCGACGGGGUGUCCGCCUCGUCCCUGCUGACCACCGCCAGCCAGCACUCGACGGCGCUGGGCGGGCUGAGCCACGCCGAGGAGCUCCCCAGUACCACCAGUGCCCAGCUCAGCAGUACGUUACCCACCCAGCAGAACAGUCUGUCCUCAUCCACAUCCUCCGGGCGAACGUCGACUUCGACUCUCCUGCACACGAGCGUGGAGAGCGAAUCCAGCCUCCAUUCCUCCGCCAGCACUUUCUCCACGUCCUCCAGCACCGUGGCGGCCGCGCCGCCGGUCGUGAGCGUCUCCUCCAGCCUCAGCAGCGUCUCCAGCCUGGGCCUCAGCCUCGGCAGCAACUCCACGGUGACGGCCUCGACUCGCAGCUCCGUCGCGACAACAUCAGGAAAAGCGCCUCCCAAUCUCCCCCCUGGAGUCCCGCCGCUGUUGCCUAACCCCUACAUCAUGGCUCCGGGGUUGCUCCACGCCUACCCGCCACAGGUGUAUGGAUACGAUGACUUGCAAGUGCUCCAGACGAGAUUCCCGUUGGAUUAUUACAGCAUCCCGUUCCCUACGCCCACCACCCCGCUGACUGGAAGAGACGGCAGCCUGAGCAGCAACCCGUACUCUGGUGAUUUAACAAAAUUUGGCCGAGGCGACGCCUCCUCCCCAGCUCCGGCGACGACUUUGGCGCAGCCUCAGCAGAGCCAGACCCAGACUCACCACACCACGCAGCAGACGUUCCUGAACCCCGCGCUGCCUCCCGGCUACAGUUACACCAGCCUGCCGUACUACACAGGGGUACCGGGGCUCCCCAGCACCUUCCAGUACGGGCCCGCCGUGUUCCCUGUCGCUCCUACCUCUUCCAAGCAGCACGGUGUGAAUGUCAGCGUCAACGCAUCAGCCACCCCGUUCCAGCAGCCCAGCGGCUACGGCUCGCACGGGUACAGCACCGGUGUGUCCGUGACGUCCAGUAACACCGGAGUGCCGGACAUCUCGGGCUCUGUCUACUCCAAAACUCAGCAAUCCUUCGAGAAGCAGGGAUUUCACACUGGAACCCCGGCGGCCUCCUUCAACCUGCCGUCGGCGCUGGGCAGCGGGGGGCCCAUCAACCCGGCCACGGCGGCGGCGUAUCCCCCCACCCCCUUCAUGCACAUCCUCACCCCGCAUCAGCAGCCCCACUCCCAGAUCCUCCACCACCACCUGCAGCAGGACGGGCAGCUUCCAUAUUUGCAGAUGAUACUGUGCUGCCAACGCCAGCAGGAAGACCAGAGCGGCUCCGGGCAGCGCAGCCAAGGCAGCUCCAUCCCCCAGAAAUCCCAGCCCAACAAAUCCGCCUACAACAGCUACAGCUGGGGCACCAACUGAGGGCUGGGGGGCCACCCUCCGCACCCCCCGCCCGGCGCCGAGGGACCGCGGGCUGAGCGGGAGGGGCCCCCGCCCCCGCGGCCCUUUCCUCUUGUAUGUAAUAUAGAAUUUGUAUUUUUUUUUCCCUUUUAUUUUGGUUUGUUUCGUUUCUCUCUGCAUUCAGACUCUGAAUCCGUUUGCCGUAGGGGAUCUUUAUUGGUUUUUACUCCUUUUUCCCCCUAUUUCCCCCCUCCUAAAACCUUCCCCCCCCCCUUCAAAGGAGUGGAAGCUGCGAGUCGCCUACAGCAAACCCCUUAUUAUUAGGAAUCCGAGCAGUAAUUGAUAUGAACAGCAUUGUAAGAUGAAUUAGUUGAAGUGUUUUGGUUAUUUUUUUGUUUUGUUUUUAUUUUUGUUUUGUUUCCUUUUUUUUUUUUUUUUUGUACCGUGUUCUAAAUUUAAUGGAUAAAUGUGUCUUGUAUAUAAAAACAAAAACCCCACA